UGUGUUAGUUUAUUAUUGUGUGAUGAGCCAUGAACCAUGUGUUGACUCUGCUGGAGAGAACUACUGCUGCUAGAUACUGACACUAGUGUGAUACUAGUAAACUACGCUAUCCUGAAGAAGAGCAGUUAUUGUAAGAAAGUAUAGGAGUAAGUUAACUUCAGGUAACGGUUAUGCAGCUAUGGCUAUUUCACCUGGUAAUCAUUUGAAAAAAACACAGGUUGCUGAAGAGGAGUCAGACAGUGUCAGUGAUGUGGAGUCUAGCAUGGAUACUGGACUGGAACCAGAGGACAAUGUAGAAGAUGUAAAGCAAGAAUUAGUGGAGGAUAACAGUAUUAAGGAAAUAAAAGAUGAACAUGACAUGAAUGAUAUGGAGGAUGAUUCUCACACAGAUGACAGUAGCUUGGUUGAAAUUCAAGAAGAGGCAGAAAGUGACAUGAACUCGGAGGAAAUUGAAGAUGAUGACCUGAAAAGCAGAUCAGAAGCUGACCAAGCCACUAACAUAGCAAAGAAAUCCUUAAAAACUACCAGAGCCAUGGAGGAUGCCAGUGGGGACUCUGAGGAGGAUUCUGUCAGUGUAGAUGAUGACAUUGAUGAUUAUGGUGAUGACAGUGAAGCAGAAGUUGAAAGUGAUGAGGACAGUAACAAGGAGAGUAGCAGUACAGGUCUGGCAAAUGUAAUGGCAAAGAUCCUAGCAACAAAACAUUCAGACAAUGUGAUAUUAUCAAAAGCAAAGAAAGCAAAGAGAGUGAGUGAAGAGGCUAAGGACUCAGAUGAUGACAGUUUUGAGAUAGUAGAUGACAGUGGAAAAAUUAAGAAAGAGUCAGAAAUUAAGGAAGAGGAAAAGGAAAGUAAGAUUGGAGAGUCAAAACAUGAAAGAGAGCUGCAGAAAAAAAUCCUGGAGAAUAGGUUUCUAGUAAAGCCAAACUUAAAAGAGGAUUGGGCGAAAGAAAAACAACUAAAAAUUCUGGCUACACAGGGUGUAGUGCAGUUGUUCAGCGCAAUUGAAAAACAUAGAAGCAUGGUCCAAAAGAAACUAUCAGAAACUCGAAGUAUGAUGGGACGUGAAAAAAUAAUGGAGAAUACAGGCAAGGAAGCUUUUUUGGCAGUUCUAAGAGAACAAGGAGAGAAGAUAAAGGUACCUAAAGAAGAGGAGUCUAUUAAAGAAGAGAUCAAAGAUGAGUUAUUGGAUGAACCAGUUAUGAAAAAACCAAGAUGGAAUGUGUUGGCCGACAACUUCUACAAGGAACCUACAUUGCAAGGCUGGGACCAGCAGAGUGAUGAAGAUUAAUGAACAACAGUCCCGGAUGACAUACAAAAUUGUAUUAACGUGAUUGGGUGAAUCAUAGCUAAGUAAAUUUUAGUGUGUUUACAUGAUAGUGUUUAGCACACUGGCCUGCGAUUUCAAGACUGGCUUGCCAAGUGGUGGAACCUCUCUCAUUCUAUGAGAACAGUGCUGGAUGUUUUGGAAAACUGUUUUUAUUACUCUUGAACAUUAUAAAUACAUUAAUGUGUAUA